CAGGCUGUUUGUUUUUAUCCAACAGACUCCUGUGAUCUCACCUUGGAUCCAGAAACAGUGAAUGGGUUCCUCAUUCUGUCUGAUGGAGACAAGAAGGCAACAUGUGGAACAAAGCAGAAAUAUCCUGUAAACGAGAAGAGGUUUGAUUCGUAUCCCCAGGUUCUGUGCAGGGAAGGUCUGACAGAAUGUCAUUACUUUGAGGUUGUGUGGAGCAGCGAAAAUACCAAAGAGCUUGGUGUAGGUCUUGCAUAUGAUUGCAUUCCAAGAAAAGGUAAUAGAAUACGGGGUAAUGUGGGUUUUGGAUAUAAUGAUGUCUCCUGGUAUUUUGGUGUUAACGACAGUAAACUCCGUGCAUGGCACCAUAACAGAAAGGUAUGGCAAGCUCCUCUCCCUACCGGAUGCAACAAAAUUGGGGUGUAUCUAGAUUGGCCUGCUGGCACGCUGUCCUUCUACCAGGUGUCCUCUGACACGUUGACCCACCUGUACACCUUUGAGAAUAAAUUCACUGCACCACUUUUCCCAGGUCUCUACAUCUGGGAAAAAUACAACUUUGCUUUUUUCUGCCCAGUUUAGGAUUCUAGAGUCAGCUACAGAGGAUUUAUAUGAACAUGAUGCAUUUACACAUAACAAAAUAACAAGGUCAUAACUCGUUGAUGACUAGAAAGCUAAAGGUCUUUGAACUUUCUCAGACCAACUAAAUUAAGUUUUGUAGCCUAGCAACUUAGGCUACAUUGACACUGCAGGUCUUGAUGCUCAAUUCUGAU